UAGCGUCAGAGUAGUUGAAAUGGUCAUUGUAUAGCAAGCCAAGGUACAGCAGUGCCACCAUAUUUCUUAUAUGCAUUGAUCGGAUCUUGACACUAUGCUUUAUAGCACUUUUUUUUUGGAUUCCAUCCAGAUUCGCGUAAGAAAAUCUCAUAUUAAAGGGAUAAGCUUGUGAAGAAGCAAGCCUAUCUCACCCCCGGCCAAAUCUGAAACAUCUGAAUAAAGAUAAAGAAGUACUUGUCACUCCAUCAGUACGCAUGUUGGUGGUAUAUCCUUUAUAAAACUAUUAUAAAUUAACAGGUUAUUUGUUCUUUCAGUAUCCUAAUUUCCAUCCAUGGAGAAUGAAAAAGCAGCUCUUCAUGUAGUGAUGUUCCCAUGGCUAGCCAUGGGCCAUAUCAUACCCUUUUUCCAUCUAUCAAAGUGUUUAGCUCAAAGGGGUCACAAAGUCACCUUCAUCUCUACUACAAGAAACAUUGAGAGAGUAGUAAAUAAAGUUCCCUCUGAUCUUGCUCCCUUGUUGCAUAUUGUGAGCUUUCCCCUGCCUAAAGUAGAUAACUUGCCACAUGAUGCUGAAUCCUCCAUGGAUAUACCUUACCAAAAAGCUCAGUUCUUGAAGAUUGCUUUCGAUUUGCUCGAAACACCACUAACCAAUUUUCUUGAAAAUUCAUCCAACCCCAAACCAGAUUGGAUUGUCUAUGACUAUGCUUCUCACUGGCUACCUAAACGUGCACAUGGUUUAGGUGUCUCGUGUGCAUUCUUUAGUCUCUUUACUGCUGCAACUAUGGCCUUUUAUGGACCUCCUUGGGCUUUGUUGAAUGAUGAAAGGUCAAUACCUGAGGACUAUACAGUUGUCCCAAAAUGGAUUCCUUUCGAAUCGGAAGUCAAAUAUCGACAGCACGAGAUUAAAAAGAAUCUCGAAGCACCACCAGCUGAAUCCGGCACCUCUGAUGGAGCGCGUUUUGGUGCUUCAAUAGGUGGAAGUGAUGUUGUGUUGUUCAGAAAUUGUGUUGAGUUCGAACCAGGGUGGUUCAACUUGGUUUCUGAGCUUUAUCAGA